UUGUUUUAUAAUUUGCAGGAAAAGGAGCAGAAUAAUCUUGCGAAAGGAUUCAAUGGCGAAGAAUUCAUUCAAGCUUGAACAUCCUCUCGAAAGGAGACAGGCUGAAGCUGCUCGUAUUAGGGAGAAAUAUCCUGAUAGAAUUCCUGUGAUAGUUGAGAAGGCUGAAAGGAGUGACAUCCCAGAUAUUGACAAGAAGAAGUUAGUGUUUUAUUUUCUUUAUCAAUAUUUUUUCUUUCUAAAAUUAACGUUCUAUAUUUCAGAAAGGAGACAGGCUGAAGCUGCUCGUAUUAGGGAGAAAUAUCCUGAUAGAAUUCCUGUGAUAGUUGAGAAGGCUGAAAGGAGUGACAUCCCAGAUAUUGACAAGAAGAAAUCAUGUUCAUUAUAUCAUGAGGCCUUGAUUCUUAUACAAGUUAUUCUAUACUUCUCUUGGUAUUUCGUUUGUUUCUUCCCAAGAUGCUCGUAUCAUAUAACUAAUAUUCUCCCCUUUUUUUCUUGGUCCUGUCAGUUCGUAUAUGUUGUUCGGAAGAGGAUCAAACUCAGUGCUGAAAAGGCCAUCUUCAUUUUUGUAAAGAACACACUGCCACCAACAGCUGCGAUGAUGUCCUCAAUCUAUGAGGAAAAUAAAGAUGAAGAUGGCUUCCUUUACAUGACUUACAGUGGCGAGAACACAUUUGGGUUGCUCUUCUAGUGGCGACGAAGCAGUCAAUCUCUCUUCUGUAAAUAAGACUUACAUAAUGUGUAUAUUCUUCAUUGCCUCUACUCUUGCAUAACUCUUCAAAACUUCUCUGUGUAUGAAUUGGUUAUGGUGAAAACAUAGAAUGUAUUCGGUCUCUAUUUGCGGUCUG